AUGCCAAGACAAGCUGAAAAAUCCUCUGCAAACACAGAAGCUUGCGAUGAUGCUGUGAAUAAGAAAGAGAUAACUCUCUCGAAAGAAGAUCGAGACAAACUUUUCGCAGCAAAAUCGCACAGCGAAAAUAUAAUGUUCAUCCAGAACAUUAUCCUCGCAAUUUUGAAUGCAAGAGGAUUAACAAAAACCUUAUAUCCAAUGCAAAUUUUGCGCAUAUUUUAUAUCGCAAGACAAAUAUUCGAGGAGCAAGGAAGAAUGGUCGAGUUGGAAGGACCUGUACGAGUUUGUGGAGAUAUUCAUGGACAAUAUGGGGAUCUGAUACGAAUCUUCAACUUCUGCGGUUUUCCCCCAGACUCAAACUAUCUAUUUCUGGGUGAUUAUGUGGAUCGUGGAAGACAUUCAAUGGAGGUGCUCAUAUUGUGCUUAGCAUACAAAAUUCGAUAUUCCAACAACUUUUUUAUGCUAAGAGGCAAGUAUGUCUCGAAAUGGAUUUGAUGUGGUCCGAUCCAAGUGAAGAGCAUUGGGGGUUCGAACCGAAUAAAGAUCGAGGAGGAAAUGCGCUCACAUUUGGCUCGGAUGUUCUAGACGAAUUCUUGGAGAUAUUGGGAGUUGAUAUGAUUAUUCGAGGACAUCAAGUUGUUCAAGAUGGCUAUGCUUUUAAUGCGGGUCGGAAAUGUGUUACUGUAUUCUUGGCUGCAUAUUAUCUUGGCCAAUUUGACAAUGCUGCUGGUGUAUGUUUCGUGUCAGAAGGCUUGGAGGUUUCGUUCGAACAGCUGAAACCGGAAACACUCAAAGACGACAAAUCGAAUAAUCCCUAG